UCAUAACUUAAUCAGCCUUCGACGACCAGCAUUACACCACUUAUCUCAGGUCAAAAUGGCGAAGACAGUCACGCUCUUGUUCGCGCAUGGUGCAGGCUUUUGUAAGGAGAUCUGGGAGCCCAUUACGCGCCGACUACGAGAGUCUCCGCUACUGCAAAAUGCUGCAGUGCAGACUGAAUACAUCAGCUUCGAUUUCAAAUAUCACGGUAGCAACCGAGACGAGUCCGAGACGCCUCGAAUGGACCUCUCUGACCCCACGUCUCCGCGAGUGUACCAUUCUGCAGGCGAUUUGACAACUUGGACCACGGCGGAGAUGCUACAGCGAGUGCGUGCUCUCAAAAGCACACACCCAGAGCGAGCUUUGAUCGGAGUCGGCCACUCGAUGGGUGCUUGUGCACUCUGGAACACGGAGAUACACCAGCCUGGCACUUUUGACGGACUCGUUCUGUUUGAACCAGUCUUUGGGGAUAUGAACGUUGACCCAGUCACAGACUUCCUGGUAUCGAUCACGCUGCAGCGUCAAUCUUCAUGGCCAACACGGGAGGCAGCGGAAAAUCAUCUUCGCAGUUUCAAGAACUUCACUGCUUGGGAUCGAGAGUCCUUGGAGGCUUAUAUUAAAGGCGGCCUCGUUGAAGACAAGUCAACGGGGAGGGUUGAACUGGCCUGCAGUCCUGCAAUGGAGGCCUCGCUGUACUGCCACAAACUCAUGUUCUGCCCCGAUGAGCAGCUCGCCCGUGUCAAGUGCCAAGUUUUCUUCCACAGUGGAAGUCGCUCCAAGAUGUUCCUGCCGUCGAUAUUCGAGGAGAUGAAUGAGAAGUGGCCUCACAUCUAUUCGGUGGGGAAGCCCAUUUCACGCUGCUCGCAUGUCAUGAUCAUGGAGAAACCAGACGCAGUCGCGAACAAAAUAUUAGAGAGUUUGAGAGAGCUUAAACCAUACCGCAAUGCCGCGUACUCGCGUCUAUAGAGUGGUUUUAGACUCGAACGCCAUUGUCUCACGUAACAUUCCUAACUUCGCAAAUGUAACAAUCAGCGUUUCUGAUUAUCCAC